CUAGGUGUCACUCCUGCGUCUGUUCCCAUUCAUUGAUUUCCCUCCUCAUUAUGGACCAUAUUUUCCUGCUUCUGUUUUAUGCCUGAUAAUUUUUGAUUGGAUAUCGAGCCUGGUUAGUCUCAUAUUUUGAGGGUGCUAGAAAUGCUUAUAUUCCUAUCCAUAUGCUCAAACUUUGUUCUCACCCACAGUUCCUCUCCUUGGAAACAGUGUUAUCCUUGUACGACUUGAUUUUCAAGUUUGUCAGGUGGCACCAGAUCAGCCUUAGGCCGAGGAUUCUUUUGUCCCACUGUGGAGGCAACACCUUUCUGAAUACUCUGCCUGAUAGCUCAUGAAUUCUGAAGUUUUCCCGUUUGAGUUUUGAGAACAGAAACUAUUCUCAGCCUGGAUGAGCCUCAGAAUUGUUCCAGCUUUCCCUUUGAGUGGGCAAUGGAGGGCUCUUCCCCUGGCUGCCAAUAGUUUCAUCACUGUCACGCACUGACAGAUACUUAGCUGAAAUUUCAAGGGGUGCCCACCACAGAUCGACUCUCCGCCUGUCUCUGUAGCUGCUGCUCUCUCCUCUCUAGUACUCUGCCCUACAGACUCCAGCCACCUAGGCUUCCCACAACUCUCAGCUUGUCUUCUUAACUAAGGAAACCGCCAGGCUCUGUUGUGUUUCCCCUCCCUGAGAUAUGGCCUGGAAAGGCUCCCGAGUCAGUCAGCUAGACACCCAUCGUGCUUGCCUCUUUUGAUUUCCCUCUCUUAGGGAUCAGAGAUCACAGUUCUGGGCUGCCUGAUGUCCAGUUUGAAAGUUGUUUUUUCGUAUAUCCUGUCUUCAAUUGUUUCCGUCAUCUCAGGUGGGAGGAUAAACCCAGUCCUUGUUUCUCCAUCUUGGCCGAUAGUGCAAGUGAGUUAUAUUUUUUUGGAACUCAUCAUGAUUUCCGUAAAGCGUGAAGAGAACGAGUCAUUCAGUGCUGCUGAAAAUGACCAGAGUACCAGACGUGAAGUCGCAGAGGAUGCUGUCACGAAGCAGACAUGUUCUGGCACAACUGUUGGUCAUUCUCUGUCUGACAGAAGAGAGUGUAGCGGCUCCAGUCAACUUAGAAGUGAAGUCCGUGAGCAUGAAGCGACCCUUAAAAUGCACAACCUAAAUAUGAGCAUCAGUGAAAAAUGUCGUUUCACCUUUACUUUGAAUGAAAAGUCCAGGAAAACAGACCGGAGAGUGUUUACCGCAUAUGGUAAACUCAACGAGAAUAUCUACUCAGCUCUGAGAGCAAAUGAACAUUUCAGUAAAAGGAUGAACAGUUGUUUUAAUCAGAUCAUCGUGGCUUAUGAAGAAAAAAAGAUUCAAGGCUACAUAAACUUAGGAAUGCCUCUCAAGUGCCUACCCGAAGGUUCUCACCUUCAAAUAACAGUUAGUCAAAAAAAGAGUAACCACGAAGAAGGCGAUCAGAUAUUACGCCAGUGUGAAAAUCCAGACAUCGAAUGCUUUCUUUUUCACGUCGUUGCUGUUGGAAAGACAACAAAGAAGAUUCUUAAGAUCAAGGAACUUCAUGCAAAUGGAAAUACACUUUGUAUCUAUGCCUUGAAGGGCGAGACUCUUGAAGAAGCCCUAUGCAAAGAUGGCCGAUUCCGGUCUGACCUGGAAAAAUUACAGUGGAACCUAAUGGAAGGUCAUCAGAACAUCCAUGGAAAACAGUCCACGGUGGAGGAAGUAUCUGGGAAAGUCUUAGAAAUGGACAUUUUAAAAAGGCCACCUGUCGGGAAAGGUUGCCAUCAGAAAAUUGAACAAGGGAAUGAAAAUGCCACUGAUGAAAUCAGUCCCGGGGAUCCCAUGCAGUCUAAUACCGAGGUCCACGAACCAGAGAAAGACGGACAGACCAAAGAUGAAGAACACAACAGAGAACAAGUUGUCACACCUCGAAGUCUAGGGCAUGAUAUCAAAGGCAAAAAACGCCGGACAAUUUCCAGGGUCAGAAGUUAUUAUGAUUCCUACAGGAAAUAUAGGAAACAAAACUCACGAAUUAGACAAAGGCUCCAUCAGGGUAUGUCAUGCGCUCUUAAUCGGAAUCUCCAGAGACAGGCAAUUGAUCUCUGGCUAAAGAAUUUCCAAGUGUUGGAUACUGAUUUCAUGCAGAAAUAUCCAAAUUUUAGGGAACAGGCACUGUGGAUGAGAGAGUAUUUUCAGGAGGAACAGAGGAGAAGAAAACUGUCACCAUUUAAACAAUUCAACACCUUUAAAAAGUACUUUGGAAAAGUGACUGAAAAUUCUACUUCAGUUGCAACCUGUGAACAUCUUAUUCAUCUUAGUAAGUCAGUUGGGUUCAUGAAAUGGGACAAUAAUGGAAGGGAAGGCACUGCUACUUGCUUUGUCUUCAAUGGUGGUUACAUUUUCACCUGUCGACAUGUUGUGCACCUUAUGGUGGGAGAAGGCACGGAUCCAAGUUUGUGGCCCGAUGUAAUCAGCAAAUGUGCAAAGGUAACUUUCACUUAUAAACAGUUCAGCCCUUGUGCUGCCGAAUGGUUUUCCAUUGAGCCAGGGUUUGAAAUGUCGGAAGGACCUCUAGAUUAUGCCAUUUUAAAACUAAGGGAAAAUGGAAAUGGGUUUCCUCCCGGCCUGUUGGGGCAAGUUUCCCCUCUGCCAUCUAGUGGUUUGAUUUAUAUAAUUGGUCACCCAGAAGGCCAGAUCAAGAAAAUAGAUGGGUGUGCUGUGGUUCCUCUAAAUGAACGGUCAGGGAGGUACCCAGAGCAUUGUCAACAUGAGGUGGUAGCACACCAGACUGCCACUUACAACGCUUUCCCUAUGUUUACCCAAAGAAGCUUCCUAUGGGAGGCCUGGCGUACUGACACGCUUAGUUACGAUACCUGUUUUUCUAGCGGGUCCUCUGGCUCCCCAGUGUUUAAGGCAUCGGGCGAACUGGUCGCUGUGCAUAGCGUCGGGCAUUUUUAUAAGCAAGGAGAUAUGGUUCAUUCCCUUGUGGAAUUUGGCUAUUCUGUAGAAUCAAUCCUUAGUGAUGUUAAACAGAAAAAUGAGACCUUGUAUAAAUCGUUAAUGGAAGAGAAAAAUGAGACCCUCAAUGAAGAGAAAAAUGACAAACAAGAGUCAUCAAUUGAAAAUCAUCAGAUGGAACCCAUGGAACACUAGAAAAACGAUGGUGUUUUCAAGAAAAUAUGCACAUAAUUUAAAUUAUCUGGGGCUGCUUCCCUAAAGUAUGAUGAAUACACUUUGUUCAUAGAAAACUGUUAGUCAUGUGGCUGUGCAAAACACAUAUG